AUGCCCAAAUGCCCAUUCCCAAUCCGUAUCAGCUUCUUCAGCUACUUCGUCAACGAAAGUCCAAUCCUUUCGAGCAACCCAGCUAAGCCCUCUCUUCGUCUUCGUCUUCGCCUUCGCUUCUCUUCUUCUGUUUCAGUUUCUCCGAAGCUACCCAUGGAAUCCGAGCAGCAACACGCGGAGCAUCAUCGUCCAUCAGAAGCUCCAAUCUCGGAGAAGAUGUUCAAAUCAUCCCCCAGAAUGGGCUCCUACAAGCUGGGCGAUUCCACUUUCUCCUCAAUGAUUGAGAAUUGCGCCAAUUCAGGUGAUUUCGCGUCAAUUGAGAACCUUUUCAGUCGAAUUAGAUCAGAGAACAGAACGGUUAGAGAGCGUAGCUUCACUUUUGUGUUUAGGGCUUAUCAGAGAGCGCAUUUGCCUGAGAAAGCCGUCGAAUUGUUUCACAGAAUGGUCGAUGAGUUUCACUGUAAACGCACAGUUAAGUCCUUUAACUCUGUCCUCACUGUGAUCAUAAAAGAAGGUCUUUUUCACCGAGGAUUGGAGUUUUAUGACUACGUUGUGAACUCCAACAUGAACAUGAACAUUUCCCCUAACGUGCUGAGUUACAAUCUGGUCAUCAAUGCUCUUUGCAAGCUGAGACUUGUGGACAGAGCGAUUGAGGUCUUCAGGGGAAUGCCUGAGAAGAAGCUUUUACCUGAUGUGUAUACGUAUUGUACAUUGAUGGAUGGGCUGUGUAAAGAGGGAAGGAUCGAUGAAGCGGUCUUGCUCUUGGACGAGAUGCAGAGUGAAGGCUGCUCACCGAGCUCGGCUACGUAUAAUGCUUUGUUAGAUGGGUUGUGCAAGAAAGGGGAUUUGAAGAGAGUGACGAAGAUUGUGGAUAACAUGUUUCUUAAGGGAUGUGUUCCUGAUGUGAGGACUUAUAACACGCUUAUGAAUGGUUUGUGUUUGAAAGGGAAAAUGGAGAAAGCUGUUAGUCUUUUGGAGAGGAUGGUGUCUAGCAAAUGCAUUCCGAAUGAUGUCACGUAUGGAACACUGAUUGAUGGAGUGGUUAAGCAUAGACGAGCAACGGACGCUGUUCGGUUGCUGGUGUCUAUGGAAGAGAGAGGGUUUUGCUUGAACCAGCAUGUUUACUCUUCCCUUAUAAGUGGGUUUUGCAAAGAGGGUAAGGCGGAUGAGGCUGUGAGUUUGUGGAAGAAAAUGGCGGAGAAAGGUUGUGAACCGAAUGUUGUUGUGUACAGUGCUCUUGUUGAUGGUUUGAGCCGCGUAGGGAGGCCAAAGGAAGCUAGAGAGAUACUUAAAGGGAUGAUAAGUAACGGCUGCUUGCCGAAUGAGUAUACUUACAGCUCUCUGAUGAGAGGGUUCUUCAGAAGUGGUCUUAGUGAAGAGGCGAUGCAAGUUUGGAGAGAGAUGGAUGAGACUAAAUGUUCUCGGAAUGAGUUUUGUUAUAGUGUACUUAUUGAUGGUCUUUGUGGGGUUGGGAGGGUUAAAGAGGCUAUGAUGGUUUGGUCAAAGAUGCUCACUAUUGGUAUCAAGCCUGAUACAGUAGCUUAUACUUCAAUGAUUAAAGGUCUUUGUGGUAUUGGCUCGAUGGAUGCAGCGUUAAGACACUACCAUGAGAUGCUGUGCCAAGAGGAUCCCAAGUCACAGCCUGAUGUUGUUACUUACAAUAUACUUCUUGAUGGUUUAUGUAUGAAGAAGGAUGUCUCUAGAGCAGUUGAUCUCUUGAACUCUAUGUUAGAUAGAGGUUGUGAUCCUGAUGUUAUUACGUGUAAUACGUUUUUGAAAAUUUUGAGUGAGAAGUCGGAUUCUUGUGAAGAAAGGAGGAGGUUUUUAGAGGAGCUUGUUGUGAGGAUGUUGAAGCGACAGAGAGUGUAUGGAGCUUGUAAGAUUGUGGAAGUGAUGAUGGAUAAGUAUUUGACGCCAAAGGCUUCCACUUGGGCGAUGAUUGUUCCAGAGAUUUGUAGACCGAAGAAGACCAAUGCUGUCAUUGAUAAAUGCUUGAUGAACUUGUGUACUUGA